CAGCAGCAGCAGCAGCAGCUACGUAGGGUCCACCACCGCAGCGUCGCGCUGUGGAGGUCCGAAGAGGGUUGGUGUAGCGGGAGCAAACGAACGAGACGCAUGCAUCUCCAUCCCCCAAAUGCCACCACCUUCCACCUCCUCCUUCGACCUCCGUCCUCCAGUAAACGCGUGGCUUUUGGAAGUGACGGUACGUCGCGGGGCCUUGAGGGCGGCGCCUCUCUCACCCCUCCUUAUCGGAAACUUGCCGCUCCCCGCUUGGAAUAAUAUCAUGUCGAUUUCGGAGGAGGCUCUCCUCGCUGAAAUUAAGAAACACGAAGUGCUUUACAACAGAGCUCACGCUCACUACAAGAAGAACAGAGUGCGUGAAGCUGCAUGGGAGGAAAUAGCUGAAACCUUGCAGUAUGACUGUGAAAAAUGCAAAAAAAGAUGGCGUACACUGAGAGACACAUUCAUCAAAUCCAGACGACAUGAAAGACUGAUGCAGUGGUCCAAAACAGGAAAGAGGAACAAGCCCUGGCAUCUCCACGAACACAUGCAGUUUUUGGUGCCAUUCCUUGAGGCGGACAGACACGAGGAAGACUUUGAAACCCUCCAAGGCCCUUUAAAGGACAGUGGGGAUGAUGACGCUGAUGGGGAAGAGGACGAGGAUCCCAUUAAAACCUCUGUAAGUCCUUCAUCCCCAUUAUCUACUUCGUCCGCGAGAAGCAAUGGAGAAGAUCCGCAUAACAUCUUCAUCCCGUCAAUCGAAAUGUCUUGCAGCAAUAAGCGAUUAGUUGAUUUACCAGCUACUACAAGCACCAGAAAGAAAUCCAAAGUCUACACCACUGAGACAUCAACAGUGCCAGGAUUUGGAAGAAAUCAAGAUUUACUUUGUGGACCACACGAUCCUGAUGUACUGUUUAUGCUUAGCCAAGUGGACAGUCUAAAGAAACUGUCACCGAGGAAUAACAGACUGGCAAAACUCAAAAUCCAACAGUUACUGUACGAUUUAGAGUUUGGGGAGGAAAAUUUCAGCGACGCGACUCUAAGAUCUAUUUCACAUGAUGUUAAAUUCAUUGGGCCUAGAUAAUGUCAUAUACUGCGUAACACAGAAACUUUCCCCAAAAUAUUUUUCCACUGAACACAAUGUCUUUAGGGGUGAGUACCUAUUCAUUCUUAAAUCUGGGUACAAGUAUACUCAGCUAAAGCGGGGCAUGAUGAGAAAAAGAAAGUUAAAACUAAUUUCUGUGCUCUUGAAAUUCGCAGCAAGAUAGUGCACCAUAUGAAAAGAAGUUUCCUCAGUAUAAUUUUCUGUGCAAUAUUACAAGUGCGUACCCGCCUAUUAAUCUGGUAGCCCGAGUUCGCUCCCCGCUGCCGCCAAUACAGAACCAGAGGAAUUUAUUUCUGGUGAUUAGAAAUGCUUUUCUCAAUAUAAUGUGGUUAGCAUCCCACAAUAGGCUGUGGGUUCCGUUGCUAAGCAACCAAUUGGUUCCCAGCGACGUAAAUAAAAAUCUAAUCCUUCGAGCCAGACUUAGCAGAGCUGUUAAUCAGCUCAGUGGUCUGGUUAAACUAAGAUAUAUAAACUUACAGAUGCAAGAUAAUUAAAAAUAAGUUUUUGUUUUUACAAAAGAAAAAACUUGAAAGAUUUUGUAAAGAAAUGUUGAAAGAAUGGAUAGAUAGCAUUUUAUAUUACAAGUCAUACAAAAGAUUAAGAAAUAUCAAAGACUAGGUGCGGUGAUUACCUUAUCUGUCAACUGAAUUUAUCUAAAAUACUUGCACCUGGUCCUUUAUCAGUAUCUUCAUAAUAUUCUUAAGAAUCUUAGUUACUGAUUAUUAAAAGAUAUCUAUGAAAACAUAUUUGUUAUUACUGUUAUAAUAUACCGGCUAUAAAAUAAAAUAAAAUAUCC